UUGUCGUUGUCGUUGCCGUUGUCGUCGUCGAAGAAGCAAAAAUACAUUUAACAAAAUAAUUUAAUUAAAUUGUUAACAUGCUGGCAACCCAAGAGAACCGCUUUCAAUAUGUUUACUUCUCGCUCUCCGGCCUCGUCGCGUGCACAAUGUUAAUUUUGGUCUAUAUCUCCAUGCGCACCACCAUUAAUGAACGCCUGCGCGAUGAUCUCAAAGCAGCCCAACGCCAGCUCAUCUAUGAGAAACCGAAUCCCCACUGGAAUUAUUUAAAUAGUUGGCGACGCAUUGGAAACGCGACCUUGCGCCAUGAAAUCUAUUCAGCGUACUUCGAUACGCGUACGGAAAUUAUUGGCAAUGUGCGGCUGGAUGAGCACCAAAUGACGAUUGGAUCGUUGCGAAUAUUUGCCAUACUGCCCGAACGGCUAAGGGACUCUACACUGAGCUGUAUUGUGCGAUAUGCAGAUUUCAGCACCAAGGAAAUUGUGGCCGAGGAAGCGCGUGCCAUGCAGGAGGUGCACAAUAAUAGCUUUGCCGCUUGGACCAUUAUGUGUCCGGUGCACGUGCCCAGAAAUCAGGCAGCUCAGCUGCCACAGGCCGUGGCGCUCGGCUACUCCUCCAAUAGACUGAGUCAUUUGAGUCCCACCUAUAUACAAGUCAGUUAUCCUCGCAACAUGAGCGACAUGUUUGUCAAGUCCCGUCCCGCCAUCGGCGUCUGCGUUGGUCCUCUGCAGGACAACUACUCGAAUGUGAUGCGACUGGUGGAGUUCGUCGAGAUGUACCGCCUGCAGGGCGCUACACACUUUUAUUUCUACCACGUGGAGGCCAGCGAAGAAGUGCUUCGGGUGUUGGCGCACUAUAAGCACCUCGGACUGGCCGAUGUAUUCGAGUGGAAUGUGGGAGGACAUUUGCAGGACCUGCACUAUGCGGGAAUUGUGGCACAGUUCAACGAUUGCGUUUAUCGCGCCAAUGUGGUCGACAACUCGCGAUAUGCGGCCAUUGUGGAUCUGGACGAGGUGCUUAUGCCGCUGAAGCACAAUUCCCUGGCAGAGUAUUUGCGACAGUGCGACGAAGGACGUACUACGGCCUUCGUCUUUCGCAACGUAUUCUUCUAUCGGCGGGACAGCAACGACACCUUCAAUGCACCGGCACAUGCACGCAAUCGACUGCUCUACACCCAAACGAAGGUGCGUCGCACUCUGGAGGUCAUGCCCGCCUACGUUCGAAGCAAGCUGGUGGUAAACACCCGCUCUAUAGUCGAGAUGGGCAACCACCAGGUGUACCGCUCGGCGCCGGGCUUUGUGGAUCACGUAGUUCAUCAAACAGUGGGUCUGCUCUUUCAUUACCGGGACAAAUGCAUCAACUGCAAGAUGGUUUUGAUUGUGGACUAUACGGCCAGGCGCUUCGGAUCGCUGCUGUUCGAUCGCGUCGACGACACUUGUCUGGAGGUCUUCAUGGAGCGUCGCGGCAUUUGCGAGCUGGCGUAGCAGUCGUCUCUUAUCGCACCGCAACGCCCACAAAAUCGGUAAA